AUGUAUGGCAUGGAUAGCCAAGAUAAGAAUUCUAUAUGGCGGUCUAGAACCGUUUCUUGGCGAGGAAAUACCCAAGAGCACAAUCUUUUCAGCACUUCCAAGUUUCGAGCGGCUAUCAAAGACGCACUGAUAAAUUCACAUAGGAAGUUCCUUCUUAAAAAUCAUGCGAACGGGAGGCUCGAUCCAUCUGGAUUGGUGAAUGGCAAUGGCGGAAAUGUCCUAUCGUCGGACAUUAUGAACGCAGUUGGAUUCACGUAUCAUACGUGUCUCUCGCAGUGCAGCUCUGGAACACAGAGUCCCAUCUGGGCAAACAUGUCGCAACAGUUCGGCACCUGGUUAUUACCUUACCUUGCACUCAUUUCUCAGCUGCCUUUCGGUGCAAGACAUAGAGUUGAUAAUCUUAUGUCUGCCAUCCUCACAGUCGGAUCACUGGUUCUCGCUGGUUACUCGAUGAUUCUCAUUAUUCUCAACGCCAACUGGAUCAGUCGUCAGUUCGAGAAUCUAUUCUUCCCUAACACUAAAGACGCUGUCCGUAUCCUUAUAAGCCUUCAACAAAGUCCGUUGAGAAUAACAAAUGAAGACUCGCUGCUGAGCUCUCUCGUUAUUUUGCCACAGAAUGAUGAUUGGUGGCCGACCAUUGCCGAUUUUCUCAACUACACUCAUACCUGGUCCAUCGCAUCUGUGACAUCCAUUGCGUGGGUUGUCAUCACCUACCUACUGACGGUCACCAGCUCGCUAUCUGACAUUCCCUCCGAGAUCCAUUCCAACAGCGGUCAAGCGACGGGAUCAGUGUGGUUGUGGCUUAUCCCAAUUGUUAUAGGUUGGCUGCAACUGUCCCCGAAUCCUUCGUCUCCUGACGAAAUGUUGACUCCGCCCGUCUAUAACUAUGCCAGGGCCAUUUCAUGGUCUCGAAUACGCAGGCCGGUCAUGAUUGGUGCUACAUGGACAAACGCGAAUAGGAGGAACUUUAUUGAACCCGGCAACAGGAGAGGCAAUGCAUCAGAAGUCGAUGCUUACUGCAAACUUCCGCGAUACGCGGUACGAAGCCCCUGGGCUACAGGGAUGUUCUUUCGCAUGUUCGUGGCCUCAUUGCUGCCCCUAGCUUUGCAAUGGGCAACAACUGUAUCUGCGGUAUUAGUUGUAUAUUUUACUCCGACUAUGGGCUUUGGUUGUAGAUCUCUCGGUUACCUCAUUUAUGGCACACUUGCAACGAUAGUAUGGGCGAUGCUCGUUAUGUCGAGCACCUUGUCGCACUACGCAUCCUCUCUCGCGAAGGUACUAUCAAACCUUUUGAGAUGGGGAGGGAAAUUGUUGGCAAUCAUCAAUGCAAUCUGGAUAAUUGUGGCAGGGAUGCUGGAGUUUACAAGUACCUAUGAUAAUUGCUACUGCAACUCAAGCGUGUUGGGGAGAGGGGCCCAAGAUGCAUAUGACGUUGUCUUGUUCAAUGGUGUAGACUUGGGUCAAACCAAAGCUGCUUGGUUCGGAGCGUUGGCUUUGGCUGGGUCUACCUCUUUAGGAUUCAUUUUUUAUAUCAGUUUAUUAACCGAUCUUGUACCUAUAUGA